AUGAGACCCGUUAGUCAGGGAGAUUCAUCUUCGGAAGGGACUCAAGCGCCUCGUCGACGCCGUGCCCGGGAUAAAGCCCCGACCGCUGAACAGCUUGAUGCGCAAGGGCAGUUAAACGAAGUUAGGCAAGAGUUUAGUCGAUGGAAGCGUGAACACGCGACGGGUCCGUCAGAAGCCACCACCCCAUUAUUGCGUACACCUUUCAUGAGUGAGAUAAUGCUUCAGCUAUAUCCGUACGAUUUAUGCAUCUCGGGUAGUAAGGAUUAUGAUGGACGGACAGAUCCAGAGGUCCAUGUCAAUUCAUAUUAUGGAAACAUGUUGAUGAUGGGAGUUUCCGACGCAGUUAUGUGCAGAGCUUUUUAUUCCACGUUGUCCGGGCGACCAGCCGACUGGUUCCGGACGCUGGAGCCAGGAUCAAUCACUUGCUUUGCUAAUUUGGCUACCAAAUUUGUGCGGAAAUUCGUCACCUCAAAAGCAGUCCGUAAACACUAUAUGUACCUAGAAAAGGCAAAACAGUUGGAAGGGGAUAACUUAAUAGAUUUCUUGAGUAGAUGGAAAAUCGCCAUUGGAGAAAUCGAACCCAUGGAUGAUUUAACAGCUAUUCACAUGUUACAUAUGUCUUUAAGUGCUGGAGAUCUGUACCAGGAUUUUAUCUUGCAUCCGCCCGGAUCGUAUGAAGAAGCUCUUCGGAGAGUCACGUAUUAUGCUAAUGCUGGUGAAGCCAAUGCCGCGAAGAGGUCUCAAGAGGUCGGCUCGUCACAUAAACCCACCGGACGAUCCGAGAACCGUUUGACUGAUCAACACGCCAGGGGUCGGGGACGCCAAGGCGAUUUCACACCCCUAAAUCGCUCGGCCGCAAAGGCUCUGCAAUGCGCUCAAUCGUGCAACCUCGUGAAGUUGCCCGAUCCCAUGCGAGAUGGCAAAGAUAAAACCAAGUACUGUGCUUCCCACCGGUGCCAAGGUCAUGAUGCAGAGGAUUGCACCAAUUUAAAACAGUUGCUGGAAGACUUGUUGAAUGCCGGCAAAUUGGAUAAGUGCGUUGGAGAAAGAAAAUCCAGCAAGCGUUCGGGAGGCCGAAGAGGGUCCAGGCGGUCGGAUCACGACCGGAAGGAUCUUGAACCCGAUCAGGAAGCUCGCCCUUCGUCUAAACCGACUAUCCAGGUGAUCUUUUGGAGGUCUGGACGAUGCAUCCCGAGUCCCAGAACAUUAUCCAGUUGGAAUAGUGGAUUCCCGCGAGAGUGGAAAAAGACAUAA